AUGAACAAUUAUGAUGUAACGACCAGGCCGGUGAUGGAAGACGACACGCCAAUCACUGUUUCCAUUGCCAUAUCACUAUAUCAUAUCUUAGAUACUAGGUGGCGAGAUGAGUAUCUGACUUGGAACGCCUCGGAGUUUGGAAGUGUCCAAUCCAUUAGGCUCCCUGCUAAUAAGAUAUGGACACCAGAUUUGGUCAUAAGUAAUUAUGCAGAUGAGAAUUUCAAUGACAGAAUGAUCACAAACGUUAUAGUAGACAAUAAAGGGAAUGUCCUCUGGAUGGUCCCGGCUCUCGUAAAAACAUACUGUACCCUCAACGUACAAUACUUCCCCUUUGAUCUACAAUCCUGUGAGAUCAUUUUCAUCUCGUGGACAUAUAGUGGAUUUGAACUAAACAUCAUAUACAAUGAAUCCAUGGCAAAUACUGUCUAUUACAACCCAGACAAUCAGGAGUGGUUCGUUGAAAACAUCACGUCUCAUCGCAAUGUGAAAAAAUACGCCUGUUGUGAGGAACCGUAUCCCGACGUCACGUUCACGAUUAACAUGAAACGUAGGAGUCAGUUCUAUGUGUUCAACAUGAUCUAUCCCUGUGUGUUGAUCUACCUGAUCUCAUACUUGGGGUUCUUCUUGCCUGUGGAAUCUGGAGAGAAGGUGAAUCUGGAGAUUACAAUCCUCCUGGCCUUGGUGGUGUUCCUACUCAUGGUGGCCGAGACAAUGCCUCCAACUCCCGAUGCAAUACCAGUUCUAGGGAUGUUCUAUGGCGCCACAAUGAUGAUGGUAUCCAUUGCUCUCCUCAUGGCUGUAAUAGUGACAAACCUCUAUCUGAGACGGGACACUCAUCAGAAACUUCCAGCCUUCCUGAGGCGUUUACUGAAAACACUUGGUACAAGGAGCUUAAGAAAUAUGAACAAAUUAACAAAGUUAGAGCUAAAAGAAUUACAAUCAGAUUGUAAUGGUGAUGUUGAUACCAACAAGUUUAAUGCAGAUGAUAUGUCUAUAGACAGUGACGAUCUUACCGACUAUGAUUAUAUGGCUUGUCAGGGUCACUUCAGCUGCUUCAAGAAAACUAGAAGGAGAUACGACUCAGACUGGCAAAUCCUUGCAAAAUGCGUCGAUAAUGUAUUGUUUUGGUCAUACGUUGUCAUAAGUGUACUUGUAUUCUUCCCUAUAUUUUCCCAACUGCUCAAUCGCUAAUGAUAUCCCGAAUACCUCCUAAUAAAUAAAGGGAGAUAUAAAGGAAAUUUGGCGUUUCCUAAUCACAAAGAAACAUGUUAUAACGCAUUGAUCAUCCAGUGGAAUAGUGAUGUUGAUAGUGCGUGCAAAGAGCAAAUAAUAAGAUAUCCACAGCACAAUAAAUAAUGCAAUAUAGCACCUGAACUUAUAGAUAUGAUAACAGUCUUUAUC